UUCCUCAUAGACUGUGACCUAUUUAUAUAAACCCUUUUCUUCAUUCUCGGGCUCUCGAGCCGCCUUGUUCCCUGCGCGCCUCUCUGUCUCCCUUCCAAUUUCAAUUUCUAUCCCGGCACGAUCCUGCGGGCCGACCUGGCGACUUUUUAUCAACUUUUUAUUGUGCUCUCCCCACGAGCCCGGCAAUUCAAUUUAAACUAUCCCGCUCUUCACUUACGCAUGCGCUGCAUGCAACAGUCUGUUAAUGGCCGUAUACAGACCCCUGGUGUGCCACUUAAACCACAAAUAGCGAUAGAUAGAAUCGUUCACCGACACGCUGCCACAUAACCUUAAACCUCUUCUGUAAACACAGAGCGUUCCACUCUGCGAUAUUCGCCAAACGAAGAGAAUUCGUGUUAUAAAAUAAGUAACGAAACUAGUCAAGAUGUCCGAUACUUGGUACGAAAUCACCCAAGUCGUCAAAGAAAAUCGACACGAAUUGGUUCUCGCGGGCCCGGACAUUUCCGAGAAGAUAGCUUACAAAGGCCUUGAUCCUACUCUCUUCAAGUUGGACGGAAUCAAUUAUUUGAACAUUAAUCAAACGUGUCUUGAAGAGAUUCCUAAGGAACUAGGGAAAUUGCAAAAUCUCACUAAUCUUGUACUUCAUUCGAACGCGAUUAAAACGUUGCCUAGCACUAUUGAAAAUCUAACAAAACUGAAAAUUCUUGACUGUUCAAGGAACAAGCUGGAAGAAGUACCAUCGGAAUUGGAAAAUCUGCCGCAGCUGAUGUCUCUGAAUCUUAGUUUGAAUCUUCUAAGCCACUUGCCAUCCCAAAUUUCUAACGUGAAGCUUUGCCUUAUUGAUCUGUCGAACAACAGGUUUGAAUCCUUUCCUGAUGUUUGCUACUCCGAGUUAGUACACCUUGCUGAAUUAAAAUUAAAUGACAAUAUUAUCAAGGAAAUUCCAUCAAAUAUAUGUGUUUUACCUUCACUAAAACAGUUGGAUUUGGGAAACAAUCAAAUUUCAGUUGUGCCAGGUGAACUAGCAGACUGUAUCAAGUUGAAAGACCUAAAUUUAAAAGGGAACAAGCUUGCUGACAAACGGUUAUCAAAGCUCGUAGAUCAAUGUCGUAUGAAACAAGUUUUGGAUUAUGUACGUCAACAUUGCGUAAAAGUUGGAAAUCUAUCUUCUAGUACUAAUGCAAAGUCAAAGAAAGGCAAGAAAAACCGAAAGAGUUCAGAUAAUGAAAACAUUAAUGCUCUGAUAGAAAAAAGUGCUCAUAAAUUGCACAUUUUGAAAGUUUCUGACAGUUAUCCUGUUAUAAAAGUCACAGAAGAUGUAAAAAAAGUGCGAGCACAUAUUCUUGGAUGCAUUGUUAAAAAUUUGGUGUUCACUGAUGAAACAUUCAAAAGGUUUAUUCAAUUGCAAACAAAAUUGCAUGAAGGAAUUUGUGAGAAAAGAAAUGCUGCAACACUAGCUACUCAUGAUUUUGAUCUGAUAGUUUCUGGUGAUCUGACCUACACUGCCAAAUCUCCAAAUGAAAUCAAGAUAAAACCUCUUAUGCGCUCAAAAAUAUACACUGGUGCUGAAUUAUUUCAACAAUUGCAAACCGAGGCUGAUAAUUUGCGCAAAGAAAAAAAACGCAACGUUUACUCAGGCAUUCACAAAUACUUGUAUCUUCUAGAGGGAAAGUCCGUUUACCCUUGUUUGUUAGAUGCUAACGACCAAGUCAUAUCUUUUCCUCCAAUUACAAAUAGUGAUAUCACAAAAAUGUCAUCAAGUACAAAAACAAUGUUUGUUGAAGUAACAAGUGCUCUUAAUACACAAACCUGCAAGAAAGUUCUGGAUGAAUUCCUAAGGGAAUUAGUUGUUCAAGGACUUGGGUGUGAAGCUAGUACUACUGAAAACAAAUUCCAUGAAUUGCAUGUUGAGCAAAUAAAAAUUGUUGAUCUUGAGGGUAACAUGAAAUCAGUUUACCCUUCCAGAACAGAUGCAGUUUAUGAAGAUCAAGAUAUAGUUGUAGUUCGAGACUAAUAACUGCAUUGAAAUGUUUAUGUGUGUAUAACUUGUAAAAAGUAUUUCCUAAUAUUUGUAAUGUAUGUCUAUCUCUUUAAACGAAAAUUUAUAAUAAUUUAUCAGUUCAAAUAAGUUUUUUAUACAAAUAAGUAAGUCUGUUGAGGUAUCUACCAGACAUCAUGGUUCCAUCACACUUUUUUUUUUAUCAUAUACAUGAACAAUAUAUUUCAAUCGUAUUUAAAACUUGUUUAGCAAAGCUGAUCAUUACUUGGUAAAUAUAUUUUUUUAAUGGUAUAAAUAUUUAUUUAAAUAUUGGUAACUGUAAGUACAAAAACUUAAAAUACUACUAGGUGUGAUUAGCUUUGUUCUCAUGUAAAAAUUAUGUUCGAUAUUCUGUUCUAACUGAACUCUUAUUUAUUUUGAAUAAAUUUAUUUUAUACAUUUCA